UCACCUCUGAUUCACUCUCUUCUUCUCUUCCCUCUCUCACUUUUCCCUCAUCCCCUCUCGGUCUUCCACACUUACCGCCUCGCCACUCAAGCUGCUGGACCCUGACGAGUCAUCAUCUGCGAUCAAGUCCGACAUCAUCUCUCGACGCCGCAGCCUACAUAAACAACCAACGUUGCUCUCCGACGAACACACCAACACACAAACCGUCUUUCCUCCCAACAACCACCCAUCAUGCCUCAGAAGAAGAUUCGCUGCACUUUCAAAGAGUGCAAGGAUGCCGCUCAGCGCAUUGUCGGCGACUGCGGGUUCUGCAACGGCCACUUCUGCGGCAAGCACCGCCUCUUAGAGGAUCACAAGUGCGACGGCCUGGAAGACUGCAAGAAGCAAUCACAUGAGCGGAAUGCGGCGCAACUCGAGAGCGAGCGCACGCAAGUUAUCCGCGGGGUAUAAUCGGAUCGACAACCCCGAGACCGAUCCAAACCGCACGCCACCAUGGCACUCACGUAGGCACUCACGUAGCCACACAUAUACGGCAAGAUGCCACGAGUUAGCCUACAAGGCCGAAAACAGCAAGGAUUACACCAUAUCAAGAGCUGUCAGGCCAGUUUAGGGCGCAAGGCUCAUCUCUUAUCGCACGUCCUAGUCAUAUGGUUGGACCUCUGCACGACACGAUGGAUCAGUCAUCUUCGACACAGUUUUUGCGAGAUUUGAAAGCUCGCAUUCAUAAUGCUGCAGCGGUAGCGACGGCGGCGACAACAGCGUUCCUGUUUGGUUUCCGCGUCAUUUGCACGAUUCAGAGCGGCAUCCCGUCUGAAUCCUUACACCAAUGAUGUGUAUCAUACUUCGGCUUAGGGUAGUUUGGCUUCAUACUUCCUCCGCACGGCGUACCGGCGUAUAGUUCAUUUGGAGCGGCCGCAUAGGAGAAGGUUGG